AUGGCGUCUGCUGAUCCGUAUCCCAGGUCCUCCAUCGUAGAUGACUUCAACUAUGGGUCCAAUGUCGCCUCGGCCAGUAUUCACAUCCGUAUGGCUUUUCUACGGAAGGUCUAUUCUAUUUUGUCUGUACAAAUUCUUCUGACCACUGUGACAGCUGCAGUAUUCCUCUAUUUUGACUCAAUCAAGACCUUUGUUCAUGAAAGCCCUGCUUUACUUCUACUCUGUGCCAUCGGAUCACUGGGUACAAUUAUCGCCCUGACGAUCUACAGGCAUCAACAUCCAGUGAACCUGUAUCUGUUAUUUGGAUUUACUUUACUGGAAGCUGUUACUGUUGGUAUUGCAGUGACGUUCUAUGAGGUGGCUGUGGUUCUACAGGCAUUUAUACUGACUGGUGCUGUGUUCCUUGGCCUUACUGCAUACACAUUCCAGACCAAGAAAGACUUCAGCAAGUUUGGGGCUGGGUAUGUCAUUGCAAUACUCUCACUCUUUGUUUUUUUCUUUUGCCAGUUUUUCUUUUAUAGUGAGACUUUGGAGAUCGUGUUAGCUGCCGGUGGAGCUUUGCUAUUUUGUGGAUUCAUCAUCUAUGAUACUCAUUUGCUGAUGCACAAAUUGUCCCCAGAGGAGCACAUUCUCGCUUCCAUCAACCUCUAUCUUGAUGUCAUCAAUCUCUUCCUUCACCUUUUACGCUUACUAGAAGCUGUAAACAGAAAAUAA